UCUCGCAUACUACGUGCGUAUCGGCUUGUAUGUUCUUGCAGGGCGGAGAAUAUAAAUGAAGGUCGAGGUGGGAGGCACCGCUAAACCAGAAUUGAAAACGAAAUACUACACAUGCAAGGCACGCUGCAGGACCAUUAGCCUAUAGAAGACGAUUUAUUGGAACAUAUUUGGGUUAUUUUAACUUUUGACUACAAAAGGGACGCGAUAUGGAGGGUGAAAAGAAGCAGGUGACAGUUCCACUGUUGCUAGCCGUAUCAGUGGCUGUGAUUGGAUCAGUCCAAUUUGGAUACAACACUGGAGUCAUCAACGCACCAGAAAAGAUCAUUAGGCAGUUCAACAAUGAGACCUGGAAGGCCCGCACUGGUGAAUUCAUCACAGACAAUCUCAGCACGACACUCUGGUCCUUCUCUGUGGCUAUCUUCUCAGUCGGCGGCAUGAUAGGCUCAUUCUCUGUCGGCGUGUUCGUGAACCGAUUCGGAAGGCGGAACUCUAUGCUCAUUGUCAAUGUGUUGGCUGUCAUCGGGGGCAGUCUGAUGGGCUUCUCCAAGCUGGCUGCCUCCUUUGAGAUGCUGAUCGUGGGACGGCUGACCAUCGGUCUGUUUUGUGGUCUCAGCACUGGCCUGGUCCCCAUGUACAUUGGAGAGAUCUCCCCCACCUCCCUGCGAGGGGCAUUCGGGACUCUUCACCAGCUGGGAGUUGUCAUUGGCAUCCUCAUAGCACAGGUCUUUGGUCUGGAGUUUAUCCUGGGCUCUCAGUCCCUCUGGCCCGUGCUCCUGGGUCUCACAAUCAUCCCGGCUGUGAUCCAAAGUAUCGCUCUGCCUUUCUGUCCUGAAAGCCCCAGAUUCCUACUGAUCAACAAGAACCAAGAGGAGAAGGCCACGGAGAUUAUGAAGAAGUUGCGGGGCACCGCAGACGUCCAGCAAGAUCUUCAGGAGAUGAAAGAUGAGAGUCUGAAGAUGAUGCAGGAGAAGAAAGUGACCAUCCCCGAGCUGUUCCGUUCCCCAAGCUACCGUCAGCCAAUCAUCAUCGCCAUUGUCCUGCAGCUCUCCCAGCAGCUCUCCGGCAUCAACGCGGUUUUCUACUACUCAACGAACAUCUUUGAGGCUGCUGGAGUUAAAGAACCCAUCUACGCUACAAUCGGUGCUGGAGUUGUUAAUACUGUGUUCACUGUUGUAUCGCUUUUCCUGGUUGAGAGGGCGGGCCGAAGGACUCUACACCUCAUCGGAUUGGCUGGGAUGGCUUUCUGUGCCGUUCUGAUGACCAUUGCUCUCACCCUCACGAGCCAGAUUCCUUCCAUGAGCUACCUGAGUAUUAUAGCCAUCUUUGGCUUUGUGGCGUUCUUUGAGGUCGGACCGGGCCCCAUCCCCUGGUUUAUUGUGGCCGAGCUCUUCAGCCAGGGUCCAAGGCCGGCCGCAAUGGCUGUAGCCGGCUGCUCCAACUGGACUUCCAACUUCAUUAUCGGUCUGGGGUUCCCCUAUGUACAGGUGCUCUGUGGAGACUAUGUCUUUAUUAUCUUCGUUGUCUUCUUGGCAUUAUUCUUUGUCUUCACUUUCUUCCGGGUGCCUGAGACCAGGGGGCGGACCUUCGAUGACAUUAGCAAAGGCUUCGCCGGGGGCAACAGCCAAGGGGUGGGCUCUCCUGCACCAGAGGGAGUGGUCACCCUACCUCCUAGUAGCCCUACGGAGAAGGUUCCAAUGGUACAGUUGAAUACUGAAGAAGCACCAAAUGCACCUCUCUCCAACGUGUGAGAUUCAAUGCCAGAAAUGUGUGUUACAUUAUAUACAGUGUCCUGAAAACAGUAUUGGACCAGCCAUGCUGAGACAGUCAUUGCUGCUUAACCCUUAGCGGUCCAUUUAUUCGGCGUGUGUCAGCUCCAAUUUUUUUUCACGCGCGCAGUUUAUUUUAGACGCACGGUUUUAAAGUAUUUGUUUCACAUUAAAACAGGUUUAAAAGGGACUGCAUAUCAACAGGACACUCAGUACUGCAUCUCCAGCCCUAUCCCACCCCUUGUUCGCUAUAUUUUUCAUAUGCCUCUUAAUAAUAGUACAUACCGAUAAAUCCUCUCUUGAUCACUCGUUUUGUCACCAAACUCCUCAAUAAUGCGAUCCAAGUCAUUAUUUUAUUACUAUAUCAUCUAAAAAAAGCUCUGCAAAUGUCUGUUAUGAUCUUUGAGAGCUGGAUGCGGAAGCAGCUAUCUUGUUUGUUUAUGUCCGUAUUAUCUAUUUGGUGUCGGGUCUAUCUGUAUUCAUGAGAUACGCCCUUUAUUUCGGCUUCUCUCGGCUCCUAUCGAUCUCACUCGGCCAUUGAAUGGUUUUCUCUGCUUUUUCUGGAGAAAAAACAACUCAAGACCUGUUUUUUACGUCUUUUUGAUGAUGUCGGACAGGGUCCGACAUUGGACCGGAAAGGGAAAAUUGCGAUGUCGGACCAGGUCUGACAUAGGACCGCAAAGAAUUAAUGUGAUUCAGACACCUUGUUCAGUAUAACUUGGGAUAGCCAAUCAGCGAACAAUAAGCAACAAAUGUCCCUUAGCACCAGAAACCAACAGUGUUAGUCCAAAACUUUUUCCAGGAUGCUGUAUAUAUAUAUACUGUAAUAGCAAGGUUUGGAUUUGAUCCAAAAACAUAGUCCAGCGUCACUUUGUCCCACUGUAUUAAUCCAGCAGGUGUUUCCCCCAGAUUGGGUAAUGUAUUAACCCACUUAUUAACAUUACUACAGACUAUUAAAAUACAGUGGAAAUAAGUCCACCACAGAGCAGGGUUUUGAGGACGGCAGCAUUACAAUCUGGUGAUUUUUAUGAUUAAAAUGGACCCUGUUUUAUUUUAUGACAUAUACAUUCCCUGAGGUGCAAUAUCUAUACAUUUAUAUAGUCUAAAUUAUUAAUCUGUUUUAUAAACCUAUUCGUGGUACAGUAGUGUGGCAGGCCAUUUACUGUUAUAGUCAUGGUAGAAAUAUUUCAUUGUAUUUGCCAAGUUUGUUAAAAAAAGACCUUGCCACACAUUUAACUUGCCCUUUGUACUGUUACAUUUUUGGUGCUGGCACAGAAUAAGCCAUGUGGAAAUGCACAUAUGUGCAUGUCUUAUGAUUCAUUUGACUGUGAUCAGCUAUAAAACUGAGUCUGAGGCCUCAGCACAUUAAUUCAGCACUAUAUACAGAUAUGGAUAUUGAAACUCAAGGGGAACUGUUUUUGUAAGGUAGAGGUUAUAUACCAAAAUAUCCUGUAUUAAAAUGUAGUAUUGUGAAACUAUUGUAUAACAUUUGGGUUUUUAUUUUUGAGGGAAUUGUGAGCAUAGCACAGUGUCACUGUGUGACCAAAUUAUGUUUUAAUAAUUUUUAAGUUAUGCAGAUUUUAGAAAAUAAGCCAUUGAGGCUAAAACACCCCUUUUAACUGUUUAACUUAAUUGCUCAUGGGAUACUGCUGUUUUAAGCAUAUGCUAUCUGUGGAAGUACAGAGGCUAGAGAGACCAUUCUGCACAAUGCACAACAGAUUGAUUGUAUUUGCACGAACAUCUCAUUACUGUGUUGCAUUUCUGCUAAGAUAUUCAGUAUAUUUAAAAAAGAAAAAGUGUUUACAAUGAAAUAAAACAUUUGGACAAAAUGUGAAAUGCAGAUUAGUUGCGUUUCGGGGGGGGGGGGGGGGGGUGGAUAUAGAGCUGUAAAGAUAUGUAAUUUCAAUUUUAUUUGCUCUUAUUUUAAUGUAAUAAUUGUAAUACUGUUUUACCAUUGUUGCACGUGUUGUAUUUUUGCUUGUGCUGCUACUGUAAAUGUGUACCCAUAUUUAUUUAUGUUUUUAACUGUACGCAAAAGUUUAGAUCACUGUUUAUUCACAAUUUUCUAGCGAUAUUUUCUAGCCUAAAAAACAACCAAGAGCAGGGCUUGAGUCAAGACAAAAAAUAAAUCAUAAAUGUUUUUCAGUGUUAACUGUUAAUUCCAGUGAGCAAAAAAUCUGAGUGAGUUUUUGCUUCUUUGUUGACAUUUCAGAGAUGAAAGUGGCAAUAGGGACCAGUACUGUUUAUUUAACAGUUUCACUAUUGAAGUGUUUUCAUAAUUUUUUUCUUAUUUAUUUUUUUUUAAACAUGGAUGGUUUAUUUUGUAUAUAUUUUAUAAUAAUGUUAAGUUAUUCAUUAAAAUCAUGCUUAUUUUUACCUAA